AUGGAGGAGGAGACAUCACCCGAAGCCGCCUCAGCAAGACCGGUCUUCGGCCAGGAUGCCCAAGAGGAAGUCGUCCUGCACCAACUCGGAUAUGAGCAGGAACUCAAGCGAUCCUUCUCCUUCCUGGGCAUGGUCGGCUUCAGCUUCUCCAUAGUCACCUGCUGGUCUGCCCUCUCCGGAGUCCUCAUCAUUGGAGCCGAGUCGGGCGGUCCGUCGGUCAUGGUCUGGUCCUGGAUCGCCAUCUGCAUCGUGUCCCUCACCGUAGCGUACAGCAUGGCGGAGAUGUGUUCGGCGUACCCAGUGGCCGGAGGACAGUACAGCUGGGUCGCCGCUUUGGCUCCAAAGAAGGCGGCGAGAGGUCUGAGCUACGUCUGUGGGUGGUUCAUGUUGAUCGGAAUCAUUGCCAUGGGCGCGACAAACAACUCCAUCGUGGCCAAUUUCCUCUUGGGCGUUGCCAAUCUCAAUAAUCCAGGCUAUGUCAUCCAGCGCUGGUAUGUACUCUGACGCGGGUCUGCGCACAUGUCGCGUGACUGAUGGCCCGGGCAGGCACGCUGUAUUGGUGGCAUAUGGUAUCAGCAUCUUCAGUCUAUGCUUCAAUGUCUUCGGUCCGCGUUUGUUGGAAAGAGUGUCCCGAGGUCUGCUCAUUUGGAAUGUCUGUGGCUUUAUCGGUACGUGGUUGAAUGUGAAAGCCACAUAGCGAAAACAGCAUCCUAAUGCUUCUUAGUCAUUAUCGUGACGAUAUUGGCAGUCAACGACCACAAGCAGCCAGCUUCAUUCGUCUUCCGGGACUUUGUGGACUUGACUGGCUUCAGUCCAGCCUACACAGCCGUCAUCGGCCUGCUUCAAUCAGCCUUUGGCAUGUGUUGCUACGACGCUCCCGCACACAUGACUGAAGAGAUCCACAAUGCACGGAAAGAAGCACCACGAGCUAUUGUCAUGUCCGUCUACAUUGGCGCUGUGACGGGCUUCGUCUUCCUCAUCGCAGCCUGCUUCUGCAUCGGCGACAUCGAAUCCACGGCCGAAUCAACGACAGGCGUCCCCAUCAUCGAAAUCUUUUACAACAGUACUCAGAACUCUGCCGGAGCAAGUUGCCUCACAGUAUUCCUGAUUGUCAUCGGAUUCGGGGCCUCCAACGCCCUCACAGCAGAAGGUGGGCGCGCGGUGUAUGCGUUCGCUCGAGGUAUGGAUCCGAAGUCUCCCAUUUCCAGUGCGUAAAAGGGAGAUUCUAAAAAUUCGAUAGACCGCGGCCUCCCCUUCUCCAACCUCUUUGCCAAAGUCGAACCCAAAAAGCACAUUCCAAUCUUCGCCCUCUGCUUGACCGUCCUAGGACAGAUGGCCUUGAACAGCAUCUACUUCGGCACCGUAACCGGCUUCAACACCGUCAUUUCCAUCGCGACGGAGGGAUUCUGUAAGCACAUCUUCCAAAACUCAUCAUGUAAUAAGCACAGGGACGCCGCCCACUGACCGACCCAAAAACACACAGACCUCUCCUACGCCCUCCCCCUCCUGGCACGACUUCUCAGCCUCCUCCUCCCCAGCUCCCGCGCAGCCGCAAUGCAAAUCAAAGGCGGCCUCUAUCAUCUCGGCGUCCUCAGCAUCCCCUUCAACAUCAUUGGCUUCCUUUAUCUCACCUUCGCAUCGAUAACUUUUAAUUUCCCCACUGUAUACCCCGUGGACUCGGAGAACAUGAACUAUACUUCUGCCGCGGUGGGCGUCAUCAUGCUGAUUGCGGUCAUUACUUGGAUCACGACCGGAAGGAAGCAAUUCCGAGGGCCGGAAGUGGUGCUAGAGGGACAAGAAGGAGCUGUCGUUAGCGAAGCAGAGUCACGGGAAGAGAUACCGAAAGCUGAAAAAGGCGCGGAUUGA